AUGGAUCGCCUUUCAGAAGACAGUGACACUCUUGCUCUCCCCUCUGGGCGCACCCUAGCAUGGAAACUAUAUGGUGGUGCUCUCAAAGAAGGUGCCAGCGAGCCCGAUGUUUUCUUCUAUUUCCACGGAUUUCCUGGUUGUUCUGUUGAAGCGACUCUUAUUCCAGCGGAACUUCUCCAAAAAAGCAAUCUACGCUGCGUCGCCCCUGACCGACCCGGCAUGAAUUUGUCAACACACUACGACGAGCGCCGUAUAUUAGAUUGGCCCACAGAUGUUCUUGCAAUUGCAGACUACUUGGGCAUAUCCCAGUUCUAUGUGCUUGGUGUCUCAGGGGGAGGUCCCUACGCCCUGGCUUGCGCCCAUUCCAUACCCCGGGCUCGCCUCCGAGGUGUGGCAGUAGUCAGCGGGAUGUAUCCGACUACAUUUAGUACUAAGGGAAUGCUCCCCGAGCUGAAGGUGCUUCUCACAGCAGGGGCUUGGCUGCCUAGACUUUUGACCGGUGCGAUGUUAGAUUUGUCCAUGGGUCGCGCGGGAAGAAACAAGGACCCUAAAGUUCUGGAGGCGAUAGUUGACAAAGCAAUGGAGGGGAGGCCAGAGGCAGAAAGCAUGGUAUGGAAGAAUGAGAAAGUGAGAUUCGCAACUAUCGAAUCAUUCCGUGGCGCGUUUCGGCAGGGUGGAAGACCCUCGGCCACUGAAUUGAUGAUUCUAUGUGACUGGGGGUUCUAA